UUCAGUAGCACGACAUGUGUUGCAGAUUUUGUCCAUAUGGAUCACAUGAAACCACCCCAAAUACGCGUGUCAGGCUCCCAACGGAACAUUCGAAACCUAAUCUUGUUAGUCUCAGUGAUGCUCACACAUCCUCGUACUACAUUCACAACACCGACAUUUUCGAAAACCUCACAAAAUCAAUGGCAGAGUUUCAUCUUCCUUCGGAGAACGAAGCAGAGACACUUCAAGCCGAAGAUUUCGAAGAAAACGCUACUUUCAUCGACGAGGAGUACCUCAACUACCUCCAUUACAUGGCUUCACGGAGCAACCAUGGACAUGACACGUUUGGGUCUUACGAUGAAAUCUUCGGUCGUGUGUUGGGGAAUUCAUCUUCUACACGGCGGCAGGAAGUGACGGAGGAACUUCCGGUGGUGGAGUUGACGGCUGAGGAACUGAUGGAGAGAGGUUUGAUGGUUUGCGCCAUAUGUAGAGAGGAGCUCGCUGCUAAUGAGAUACUCUCUGAGCUUCCUUGUAGCCAUUGUUACCACAAAGACUGUAUCUCGAACUGGUUGACUAAUCGGAACACUUGCCCUCUUUGCCGUCACAAUGUUGGAAACUAGUUAGGUUGGGUUUUCUUGAAUCUCUCUUUUGGUUGAAGUUGAUCAAAUCUUUACUGUACCUUGAAUAUGUCCCAAGAAAAAUCGAGUGAACUAGCUAUCCUUUCUAUCCAAAAGGAUUUGUUUAGACUAAUUAACUUCGAAAGCUUGUUUACUUAUGGUGUAAAAACAAAGAUAACAAAAAGAUAAAACUAUGUUAGUCUAGAUCUUUUGUUUUCUAUUAUUA